UUCAUACACUUCGUUAUCAGUAUUAUUAUCGUCAUUGUUCUAUCAUCUUACGAGUAUAAUAAUAUCGUUGAUCGACGUGUUUAUCGGGAAAGUGAGAGAGAUUUGAAGGUUAGCCUGUACUACUCAUUGGUAAUUUGGAGGGAAUAGAUCGCCACGGACACAUGGACUGCGAGGCACGAGGGAUGAGCGAGAGAUCAGCGUGAUGCACUUUCCAGAUAACAUGCUCCUGGCUACUGCAGUGCGUGCACGUUGGCUGCUGGAAUAGCCGGAAUUCUCCUCGAUCCUUGUGGCCACAAGAGACACGUACAAUCCGCCCUUUUUAAUACCACUGCGACGACAAUCAAGGACCAUGAAGAGAUCUUCGAGCCUCCACUCGAAGAUCCUCGCUUGGGCUUUCCGUCUGUACGUCGUUCUCAUUCUACUUCUCCUUCCGUCGAGAACAGCCGCCUUAGAGGAGAAUUGCACGGACUUCCAGGGUGCCAUCGUUCGACACGGACUGCUCUAUGUGCCAGGGCCUGCGGUUUGCAGCCUCUGUGUCUGCUAUCAUUCCGAGCCAAUGUGGUGUAAAGCUAUCUUCUGCUCGCCGCCCUACAGAUGCAAGAAGUUUCGAGUCGGAGAACGGUGCUGUGAGUUCGAAUGCCUGGACGACACGGACGCCAAUUGGACAGAGCCUGAUCUGAUAAUCGCGUCCAAGUCCUCGCGGAUUCAUGAGCAGGGAAUGUUCUUAAUGGCAGGGAUGGUGGCGCUGCUGAAGGCGCUAUAGUUCUUCUAACGAGGUUCCACGCGGCGUUUACUGGAUCUGGCCAAUGGGAAACGUCGGCGACGCAAGCUGGGCCAACAGGGAUAGAAGAAGGUACGGUGUAGCGUGCUGGUGAUGAAACGUCGUGUUUGUGCCUGCUGAUUAUGCAUCGAGGAGCCGCGGGACCGGGAUUCUCGCGUGUGUGAGAGUUUUCUUUCGGUUCUGUUCAUCAACCUGUUUGCGAGUUGAUCUCAGUUUAUGAAUUAAUCGCGCGGGGUUUUUGUACCCCAGGGAACGGAGAGAGAGUGGACUAGGUUAGGACCGCUAAUUGUGAUGGUAAAUCAACGAUGUGGGGAAAAUUGUUGAUAAUUUGAUUGUUUAUUUUGGAAAUUUUACU